CGUGCGUGCGUGUGUGUCUCUAUAUAUAUAGGCCCGGCGGCGACCAUCGGUAAUACCGUGCCAUCAAGAGCAAAAACAAGCAGCUGUGUAAGUUCAGCUUGAGAUUAGGAUACAAGCUCCCUCCAUCUCACCCAAGAACAGGUUAAGAAAUUAGCUUCUUUCCUGGAAUUUUUGGUGGUUCCUAGCGGAAAUGGCGCUGAGGAGGAUUGUCAAGGAGCUCAAGGACCUGCAGAGGGACCCGCCGACCUCCUGUAGCGCAGGGCCGGUGUCGUCGAACGACAUGUUCCACUGGCAGGCGACGAUCAUGGGGCCGAGCGACAGCCCCUACUCGGGCGGCGUGUUCCUGGUGACCAUCCACUUCCCGCCGGACUACCCGUUCAAGCCCCCCAAGGUGGCCUUCAAGACCAAGGUGUUCCACCCCAACAUCAACAGCAACGGCAACAUCUGCCUCGACAUCCUCAAGGACCAGUGGAGCCCCGCCCUCACCAUUUCCAAGGUUCUGCUGUCGAUAUGCUCGCUGCUGACGGACCCCAACCCGGACGACCCGCUGGUGCCGGAGAUCGCGCACAUGUGCAAGGCCGACCGGACCAGGUACGAGUCCACGGCCAGGGGCUGGACGCACAAGUACGCCAUGGGAUAGAUAAUGAAGAGCUUCAGCUCGAUCGAGCUUGAAGAUGUGGAAACCAUGUACCGAUGAAUAAUAAUCAAUCAACCUUUUGCUUCAAAUUAUACUAGCUGAUGCUGAGUAUGAACUUAAUCACCGUCAGUCCUCUCCCGUGCGAAGGGUUGUUCGCACAAGUGACACGCAGAGAGCAUACACUCACCCCUAUAAAUUUAGAAAAAUACGAGCACCAGUGUCAAGUCUAGGACAUUAACUCUGUUGGCCUAGGGAUACAAUUGUCAUUCUAACCAUCCAACCACAUGAUGGUUUGCGUUCCACAUGUACUGAUUGCAAUAAAAAUUAAUUAUUGCUCA